UAAUACUUUCUGAUACGACAUAUAAUGUAUACAAACACUGAUAUAAUAGUACCAUAACAGAUUCGGGGCAAGACACAUCGAAGACACAAGUAAGAUUCCUUAAGAAGAACUACAUUAUUUCAAUCGACGCAGUCAUCGCAAAUCGUGAAUUUUUUGUCAACAACGCUGAUCUUCACACUGUCAUUAAAUCGAUAUCGAUAAAAGUGUGAUGCGGAUGUUAGGAUUGAUCGAAUCACGUCAUCUGCUGACUAUUGCAACUCGUGCCGAUACCUGUAAUGUCAGGUACAUAAGUAAUCUUAAGGGCAAGAUAAUAGCCAUAAGACGAGAGGACCAAUCAGUAUGGGAGAGAAGAGCACCAUUAGCCCCGGCGAACGUUCGCCACCUCGUCAGGUCGGGCGUGAAGGUGAUCGUGCAGCCCAGCAACCGACGAGCGUAUCCUGCCCAAGCGUACCAAGCGGCAGGUGCCCUGCUUCAGGAGGACAUCAGCUCGGCCUCGGUCAUCUUCGGCGUCAAACAGGUACCUGUGGACCAGUUGAUCCCCAACAAGACGUACUGCUUCUUCUCGCACACCAUCAAGGCGCAAGAGAGUAAUAUGCCCCUCCUGGACGCGAUCCUGGAGAAGAACAUACGUUUCCUGGAUUACGAGAAGCUUACCGACGCCGAUGGUCAGCGAGUAGUCGCCUUUGGCAAAUACGCCGGGGUGGCUGGUAUGGUGAAUAUAUUGCACGGCUUGGGCUUGAGAUUGCUAGCCUUGGGUCAUCACACCCCAUUUAUGCAUAUUGGACCGGCACACAACUACCGGGACUCGGCGAUGGCUCGCCAAGCGAUCCGCGGCGCCGGAUAUGAGAUUGCUCUGGGUGCCAUGCCCAAGUCAAUUGGCCCGUUGACCUUUGUUUUCACAGGCAGUGGUAACGUCAGCCAAGGAGGCCAGGAGGUCUUCCAAGAGCUGCCUCACGAAUACGUGCCGCCCGAAAUGCUGCGGAAAGUCGCCGAGCAUGGUGAUACGACAAAGAUAUACGGCUGCGAGGUACGACGUAGACAUCACUUGGAGAGGAAGGAGGACGGCGGUUUCGAUCCCGAAGAGUACGAUCAACAUCCGGAAUUAUAUCUCUCCACCUUUAGCAAGAAGAUAGCACCGUACGCGUCGGUCAUCAUCAAUGGAAUAUACUGGGCCGUGGAUUCACCAAAAUUGUUGACAAUACCGGACGCAAAGUAUCUGCUCAGACCUGCUCAUACACCAUGGUUGCCGACAAGCGUCGGUGCACCUGCCUUGCCGCACAGGAUGCUCGCUAUUUGCGACAUAUCCGCGGAUCCUGGCGGCAGCAUCGAGUUCAUGAACGAGUGCACGACAAUUGAUACGCCAUUUUGUCUAUACGAUGCUGAUCACAAUAAGGAUAUGAAGUCCUUCAAAGGUCCCGGCGUGCUCGUCUGCUCGAUCGACAAUAUGCCUACGCAACUGCCGAAAGAAUCGACGGAUUUUUUCGGUAAUCUCUUGUAUCCGUACGCUUUGGACAUCAUACGAUCGGAUGCGAAGAAGCCACUGGAAGAACAUAAUUUCACUCCAGCGGUGCAUGCAGCCAUCAUGGCGUCCAACGGGAAACUGACGCCCAAUUUCCAAUAUAUCCAAGAACUUAGACAGCUAAAUCAGCGCAGCAAGCACAAAGAUAAUAGAGAGCUACAAAGGAAUACGGUAGUCGUUCUCGGCGCAGGAUACGUCUCUGCGCCUUUGGUCGAAUAUCUGCACAGGGACACGAAUGUAAGACUGGUGGUGGCGUCGCAAUUGAAGGACGAGGCCGAUGUGCUGGCCAAUCGAUUUCCAGGAGUGGAGCCGGUCUUUCUGAAUGUGCUAGAUCGACCAGAUACCUUACAUGACGUGCUGAAGUCGGCGAACGUGGUCGUCUCCCUGUUACCCUAUUCGUUGCAUCAUGUCAUCGCUAAAGCUUGCAUCGAGACCAAGACUCAUUUGGUAACAGCCAGCUAUAUGAAUGAUAACGUCAAAGCGCUACAUGAAGAAGCUCAACAAGCUGAUGUCACUGUGCUGAAUGAAAUCGGAUUGGAUCCGGGCAUCGAUCAUCUAUUGGCGAUCGAGUGUUUCGACGACGUGAGACAAGCAGGUGGUAAAAUAGAGUCCUUCGUCUCGUGGUGCGGAGGUUUGCCCGCACCCGAAUGCUCCUAUAAUCCUUUGAGAUAUAAAUUCAGUUGGUCUCCACGAGGUGCAUUGCUGAAUACCUUGGCACCGGCAAAAUAUCUUCAUGCAGGCCAGGAAGUGGAGAUCGCCGGGGGUGGCGAUCUGAUGUCCGCUGUACAGGAACUAGACUUUCUCCCUGGCUUCGCCCUGGAAGGUUUCCCCAAUCGUGAUAGCAUCGUGUACAGGGAUUACUACGGUUUGCAGAACGCGGAUACCGUGCUGCGAGGAACGCUCAGAUUCAAGGGCUUCUCGGAUACCGUGUUGGGUCUGCAAUUGCUCGGCCUGAUCGAUCCCAAUCCAGAUCCAAUCUUGCAUCCGAACGGACCGGACAUCACCUGGCGAAUGUUGGUGUGCAACCUGCUUGGUCUAGCGAACAACAAUAUCUUCUAUGAGAAUCUGAAGCAGAAAUUGGCAGAAAGGGUGAAUUCGUGGGAACGUGUCAAGGCCAUCGAGGAUCUCGGUCUUCUUCAGGAGGACUUGGUCUUGAAACUAAACACUCCUCUCGAUACGCUUACGCAUUAUUUGUCGAAGAAACUCUAUUACGAGAAAAACGAACGCGAUUUAGUGAUAUUAAGACAUGAUAUAGGUAUACUUUGGCCGGACAGCAGAAGAGAAGCCAGAGGCAUCAACUUGGUGCUUUAUGGAGACAUUGCCGGACACUCUGCAAUGGCGCGUACCGUCGGGUAUCCCACGGCCAUCGCUGUCAAAAUGAUCCUGGAUGGUGAAAUUCAGCAGCGUGGAAUGGUGCUACCUUUUACGCCGGAUAUAUAUCGACCUAUUCUUAAUCGGUUGAAAGCUGAAGGCGUAGAAUCCUUCGAGUCUUCCAAGUGGUUGUGAUUCAUUCACAAUAAACUGCCAUAAUUUUCUAACAA